GCCAAAUCUUAAAGCCACUCAAUCAGUCAGGUGGAGAACAACGACAGAGGGCUUGAAAUUGUUUUGAGAAUGUAGUAGAGUCUGCUUCUUCGUAAUACUUUCCUGCUAAUAUGAUAUAACGGGGUAUAUGAAGGUUGGCUUUUAUACAAACAGUCAUAGAUAAAAUGGAUAAAUAUAACAGUAGCCUUGAUAUCACAGGGUUUAAGUCGAUCAUUAGAAGAAAGUACAAAGUUUACUUUCUAUAAAUAACCCAGACUAACAUUUUAGAAAAUCUAGUUAGUUACGUGAACUAAGUUCGCAGUACCUACAGGGUGCAGCGUGAAACUUAGAUGAUUUCAGAGAUCGUUAAAAAUCUAUUUCUUGUGGUGUGAAAACGGAAAGAAUCGCCGUUCAGCCAACGAAACCAGCUGUCCAGCUCAUGAACGUUGGUAGAAACAGUUGGUUGCGAUCUUACCCAAUGUUACGCCGUUUCGUUCGAUACGUGCUUUCCAGCUGCAUAUUUCUCUCUUACUAUUCGAGAUAAUUCUUGGCUAAGCAAUCAAUGUAUUUUAAAACCCAAUUGUUUUCUGGCCUUUUCUAAUAUUUGUUUAGAGAAAGGGAAAGCAAUUUUCACCAACUACUUGCUACUCAUAGUAUGCUACCUAUUUCACGAAUAUGACUUCACAUUGCUAAAGAUAUCUUUGGCAUUUUCUGGAUCAUCCCAAAAAUGAAGCUCAGUACGUGCAACAGAUUAGAUAGCGCUCUUGGACUGUGUCUUUUUUUGUUGUUACUUGCAGACUGUGCUCGUGAAAAAUCCAACUACCGACAUAUUGAAAAACAAGUGUUGGAUAACAUCAUCGGACCCGGACGCUACGACAGCCGGAUCCGACCCCAUGGAAUCAACAACACAGAUGGUCCGGCGAUUGUGAGCGUCAACAUAUAUAUCAGAAGUAUCAGCAAAAUUGAUGACGUCACCAUGGAAUACAGUGUCCAGCUGACCUUCCGAGAACAGUGGCGAGACGAGAGGCUACAAUUCGACGACAUGAAUGGUGAGAUGGCCUAUUUAACCUUAACCGAUCCAAAUAAGAUCUGGAAACCCGAUCUUUUCUUUUCCAAUGAGAAAGAAGGACAUUUUCAUGAUAUCAUCAUGCCUAAUGUGUUGCUUCGAAUUUAUCCAAAUGGGGAAGUACUAUACAGUAUAAGAAUCUCCUUGGUUUUAUCCUGUCCGAUGGACUUAAAAUAUUAUCCUCUGGACAAACAGACUUGUUCAAUCAUCAUGGCUAGCUAUGGCUAUACAACAGACGACUUGGUAUUUAUGUGGAAAGUUGGCGAUCCAGUACAAAUAACUAAAAACCUCCAUCUUCCACGUUUUACUUUGGAGAAGUUCAACACAGAAUACUGUACUAGUAAAACAAAUACAGGUGAGUACAGCUGCAUCCGAGUGGAUCUAAUCUUCAAGAGAGAAUUCAGUUAUUACCUAAUUCAGAUCUACAUUCCUUGCUGCAUGUUGGUUAUUGUUUCCUGGGUCUCCUUCUGGCUGGAUCAGAAUGCAAUUCCUGCGCGUGUUUCACUUGGAGUAACUACGCUCCUAACCAUGGCAACUCAAACUUCUGGUAUCAAUGCUUCUCUUCCACCUGUGUCCUACACCAAAGCUAUCGACGUUUGGACUGGCGUAUGUUUAACAUUCGUGUUCGGUGCACUAUUGGAGUUUGCCUUGGUCAACUACGCCUCGCGUUCACACAUGCAAAAACAGGUAGCAAAGCAACAACGUAAAUGGGACAUUGAGCAUUCUAGCUUGGAUAAUGACCAUAUGGAGGAUGGGGCUACCACCUUCGCCAUGGUAGGAGAUGUGAAACCUCUCGUCCAUCAUCGUGGUGACUUGCAUUCUGAUAAGGUUCAUCAGUGUGAAAUUCACAUGCAACCUCCUAAGAGCAUCAACCCUUGCAAGGCCUGGCUCAACAAAUUCCCAUCCCGCUCCAAGCGGAUUGAUGUCAUGUCGAGAAUCCUGUUUCCUCUCAUGUUCGCUCUUUUCAACCUGGUGUACUGGAUAACCUAUCUUUUCCGGGAUGAAGACAUGUGACUCUUUUAAAAUAUUGUCAAGUGCGUGAGACAGUUAUCUAACAGUACGAAUAAUUUAGAAAUGUUGUUCUAACAGAUUUGGAAAAACAAGAAACUGUUUUCUCUCUGUAUCAAUCAUUUUCUUAAAAAAAUAUUCAAUCUAUUAUUCAUAAGGUUUUAUCAACUGUAACUACAACAAUAGUGUAACUAAAUCCAAACACAAUAUUGAUCUUUAUGUUGUCCAGUACGGCUUUCAUAUCUUCCGAAGGCUCAGUGGUAUUGUCUGAGGGCUUGUAAUGUUAAGAAUCGGGUUUCGAUACCCGCGAUGGGCAGAGCACAAAUAGCCGUCUGUAUAGCUUUGUACUUAAUAACAACAACGGCUUUCAUUUCUUUCCGUGUGCCAGCUUCAUCGUGUAAACAAAUGGAGAGAGAAAGUCUGUAGACAUACUGUGACUUUACAAAGCUGUGGCUCAUUAGUAUGAACUUUGGACCUGGUCAGGGGAAGAGAGGUGCAGGUUGUGGGGAAAAAGUCUACAGCUAGACCAACGUACUUUGACGUUACAAAGCUGUGACUCAUUGGUGUGAACUGUGGACUUGGCCAGGAGAAGAGGGGUGCAGGUUAAAAAAUGGUGGCUCCUGUUGGAGAAUGAUGGCAAUAAAUAACUAGCCCAAGUAUCGGACGUCACUCUCAUAUGAUAAAUUGGCGUUCGUCAAAUUCUCAUAGUUGUGUAAUAUUACACCAGAUGUCGUCAACAUUUUGUUGACAGUUGAACAGGAUAUAAAACAAACAUUCGAACAAACUUACAACCCGAUAUUUCAUAGAUAUUUCGUACUUACUUAAUUCCAAUGAAGCAAUUGAUGUAACAUUUUGAAAAAGGUUUGAAGAGUAAUCUUUUCAAGUAAUUUUUA